AUGAGAGGUAAUCAUCAGUUUUCAAGGUAUGCAUCAUCAUUAAAUUUAAGAAGUUAUAAAGAAAUGCUUCAUAGGAAUCAAUUAUCCGCUCUGAGGAAUCAAAUACCGCCAAUUCCAAAUGAACGUCCAUUUCAUGAAGAGGUUUUAUUAAAUCAUAAUGAAAUGAUGCGUUUACUCGGUAGACAUAAUUUUGAUAGUGAAUUUAUGUCAUUGAACAAACCAUGGGAAGCUAUAAUUUAUCCAUCUGGCAGGCUAGUAACUUCAAAUGUUGUAAACGGAAACGCUGACAAGAGAUUCGAGACAGCAGUAAAUCGUCGAAGAAAUAGACGGUCAAGAAAAUUACCACCACACAGACGUUAUUUCACUUCAGAUAUCUAUAGUGAUCAUUUAUAUCAAACAAGACGAGUUAUGCAUCGUUUAAAAUUGAUUCAAACUCUGAAAGAAGAAGAGAAAGAGGAAAAAAAUGAACUUCAUGAAAGAUUGAUGUAUGUCGAUUCAGAACACCUUCAACGGAAUAGUAAACAAUUGAAACGAAACAAGAAACUACGACGUAUACUUCGAGAAUUUUUAAAUGAUUUUAUUAGUUGUCCACUAUACUAUAUAUGGUAUGAUUGGGGACCAAAAUUUUGGCCACGUUGGAUUAAAGCUGGAAAAUGUGUCAACCUAGCUGACAUAUCAUGUUCAUUUCCACCUGGAAUGUAUUGUCAGGAGAAAAGUAUUAAGGAUAUUGUAUUGCUGCGGUAUAUUUGUCCAGAAAGUUGGCCAGUUUCUAGUUGUAAUUGGUAUCGGAUUCACUUGCCGAUUGUAAUGGAAUGCAGUUGUGGAUGUACAGAUAGGACAGAAAAUAAACCAAACUCCUAA